AUGCCCGGCGAGCUCCGCCCCGCCCCGUCGAACCUCGGCCCCAGCAGCCUCCGUCCCCGCCCCGGCGACCUCCGCCCCACCCCGCCACUUCCCGGCGAGCUCCGCCGCGCCACGGGUCGCCAAGGCACGGCGACCUCCGCCCCCGCCAUGCCCCGGCGAGCUCCGCUCCGGCGGUUCCCGCCCGCGUCGACCUCCGCCCCGGCGAGCUCCGCUCCGGCGAGCCCCGCCCGCGUCAACCUCCGCCACCGCUCGUGCGUGCCCGCUAUCCCCAUCUCCGGCGGGAGCCAUAUCGGAAUCGUCGUCCGCAGCCUCCGUCCCCGCACCGGCCCGGCGGCCUCCGUCCCGCCCGUGGCCGUGCCCGCCCCCGCUCGCCGAGCGGGCGUGCGCGCGCGACGCGGCCGUGCUCGCGGACGGCGGCCGACGGCGUGGCGGGCGGCGCGCGUCGCGGUGGCGGGCGAGGGCGGCGCGGGGAACGGCUCGGGAGGGUCCAGCUGCUGCGCGCGUGGGAAGGAAGCGAGCGUGCGCGGCCCCGCAGCGGCGCGGGCGGCGGAGCUUCCUCGCGGCUUGGCUCGGUGGCGGCGUGACGCGGCGAGGCCGGGGCGCGCGUGGCGAGGCCGGCGACGGCGCGGCCAUGGCGAGGCGCGGCUCGCGCCUCGCGAGGCCAUGACCUCCGGCAUCCGCUCCCUCCUCGCCGCGGGCGCCGCCCCGUUCGCCGCGGGCGCGGCUCUAUUCUUCGCCGCCGACAUCCCCGGUGAUGGCCGCUCCCACGGCCCCCCGCCCGCCGGGCUCCAGCUCGUGCACCACAGCUCCGCCGCACCUCUCCUUCGUCGGCAGCAGACUGCAGCGGGCGGAGCUUCCUCGCGCGGCGCGGGCGGCGGAGCUCCUCAGCGCGGCGGCAACGCUCAUCACCGUUUCGGCCGCGGCGACCUCCGGCAGGGACGAAAAAAAGGGGCCAUGCUUAGCGACGGGAUCCUCCACGCGAGCUCGACGGCGGCGGUUGGCCGGCUACCCGCCAGCUGCGUCCUCGAUCGUGCACCUGCGUUUGCUGUGACCUGGGAGCUGUGGCUUGAGUACACACUCACACACACUCUGUGCGUGAUCGCAUUGAUCCUUGCACUUGUGUGCCUGCCCGGCUCCUGCAGUGACUGA